UGCAGGUGACAGUGUCGGGCCGUAGACGUGUCCAGGUGUGUUCCUGCCAGCGGACAUGGGGCUGGUUUACUCUGAGCCGGCCUGUCAGUCAGCGUAUGACGGAGACCUCCAUCAGCUGUAUCACGUCCUCAUAGAGGACGCUAACCAGCUGAAUGUCCAGGAGAAGCACAGCGGGGACACGCCCCUCAUCGCCGCCUGUCGUAAAGGACACGUGAGGACGGUACAGUACCUGCUGGAGAACGGGGCGGACGUUCACCUGACCAAUCAGAAACAGAGGACGUGUCUUCAUUAUGUGUCCCGGAGGACGUUCUCUCUGCUGGAUUACCUCAUGAUCGCCAUCCUCAUGCCCAUCCUGCUGCUCGGGUACUUCAUCAUGCUCCAGAAGCAGAGGCAGAACGUGUCUCUGAUGGCAGCCGUGCUGAGCAGCAACGUCAACAUUGAUGCCAUCGACUACAAAGGAAACACUGCUCUUCAUUACGUCUGUCAGAGGAAGAGUCAUCGUCUGGUUCCUCUGCUGCUGGAGAAAAACGCUGACACCAACAUCCAAAAUAACGACGGAGAGACACCGCUGGACAUCGCCACCAGGCUGAGGUUCAAGAAGAUUGUCAACAUGCUGAGGAAGACACAGUGACAGACAGACAGACAGACAGACAGACCGACAGACAGGAGGACAUUUAGUCUGUAACUGAGUCUCAGUGUUGUGUGAAAAAAAUCUUUCAUUGCAGGAAGAAAAAAUUUUGACUUGUCUCAACCGUUUAUUUACCAAAUAUGAAUAAAUCUAUAAAUCAGUAACUGAUAA